GUUAUUUUUGAGAGAAUGUUGGCAGACGCUUUAGACCAUUAUUUUAGCACUAGCGAAACCCGUAGAAUGAGUAAUAGUAAGGAAUCUGAAAUUUUCUCCACGCUUUACUACCUCGAAUCUUACCUCAAGAGUCUGAAAUAUCCCGCGGGGUCGCGGGAAAAUCCCGCGAGAACGUGUCGAGAUUUAGUUGAAUGCCGUCUUGUCGAAAAAGAUGGAACUUUUUGGGUAGAUCCCAAUCUCGGUUGUUCCCAUGAUGCCUUGCAGGCCCAGUGUAAAUUGGCGGAAGGUGGGAUGACGUGUCUUAGUCCCUCAACGGACAUUGAGUUUGAGUACCCAGUGUCUAAAGUACAAAUGAACUUCCUGCACCUGCUGAGUUCGGAAGUGACGCAAGGGGUCAAAGUUCAUUGUAAUAAUGUCAGCGUGUGGCGCAAUUCUGGACAUUCCGUUAAAUUUAAAGGAUGGGAUGGGAAAGUGUAUGAGUAUGGUAGUCAUGGCAACCAAGAUAUAAAAAUUGACUACGAUGGCUGUCGGACGUUAGACGGCACGUGGGGAAUGACGCACUUUACUUUUCGUACUCAGGAUGUGACGCAGUUGCCAAUAGUAGACGUCAUCGUGGGCGGUUAUUCCUCCCACAGUGGCCACGUUCCCGAUUCCACGGUCAAGAUCGAAAUCGAACCCGUUUGUUUCUGGUAAUGAUCAACGCCAUGAAUGGUGGUCUACAUAGGGUCUGCAGGUUAUUUCAUUUGUCUGAAAUAUUUCAUGAAAUUCGUACAUACAUACGACAACGAUGGGGCACGGCUUUUGUUACGGACACUUACCUCCGUUUACAUCACUGGUCUACCUCUAGACUCUAGAUGAUUCUGUUUUCUACACAAAUAAGAACGUUGCCAAGCGUUUUGAAUUUUUACUUAUUUGAUAUUUUUACCCCCC